CCGUGCGCAUGCUCGGGGCCCGCCCCGUUGCCGCCUGACCCUGCUCGGCAGCCGUAGCGGCGAGGGGCCGGCGGCAUGUUCCGCAUCGAGGGGCUGGGGCCGAAGAUGGACCCCGAGGAGCUGCGGCGGAAGAUGCGCCGCGACGUCCUCGCCUCUGUCCGCAACUUCCUCAUCUACGUGGCGCUGCUGCGGAUCACUCCAUUCAUCCUGAAGAAGCUGGACAGUGUAUGAAUGCUUAUGAGUUGCGAAGAAGACACAGCUUCUGAAAACAUUAAAUGGACUGUAGCUGCUUUCCCUUUUUUGUUAAUUAAACUUUGUGCCAGAGACAGGCAUCCGAUACUAAAUGGUUUUAAAAGUUGACAUUUAAGCAUAUCUGACCUGAGAAUGAUAGCUUAGUUGGGAGUGUGGGGAAGAUGUCUGUUUUUCCUGCAGCUGACUUCUGGUCGCAGGAUACUCUGUGCUAUAGAAAGCAGUAUGUUAUGAUGGAAUACUUCUGGUACUGUUUAAAAAAAAACAAAAAACUCCAUCUUCUUUUUGUAUAAAGUGCUAGCAUCUUGCUUUGUUAUGCAUCUGCCUCUAAAUUGCCACAUUGCUAUCAAUAUUACUGAACCUGUCUGUAUGAGAAAUUAGGUUGUUAAUGAAUCCAACUCAGAAGAUUGAUUUAAAAGAAAUAGAAGAGCAGUCCUAUCA